GGAGGGCUCUGGCUUCAGGACCCUGGGAUUUGAAGGGGGCAGGGGUGAGUCUGGGAGGUGUGUUUGCAAAGGCACUGCCUUGAUCCCAUGUAGAGUGUGCAUGGGGGGCAGACAGGACAGAGGAGGAUGGAGGGAGGCCCUGUGUGUCCUUAACCCUGGCAAAGUGGCCACAGCCUCUGCCAGAGAACUUGAGGCAGCUGCUGUUCCACGCGAACAGCCAGAUCCCAGAGUUUCUCUUCUCUUUCUCAGAACCCAGCCCCAGGAGGCCCCCGCCCAGACUCCCAACUCCACAGCACCUCCCACCGGCCCCUGGGAGCGAAUCCUCAUCAGUCCCACCUCAGGAUGCAGGCUGCUGAGCUGGAUCCCCUUGAAAGCAGAGGCUUCCCCUUCCAGGUGGGUGCCAACUUCUCCUGGGACAACGGCACCGGGCACAAUGUCACCCUCCCCGAGCCGCUGCCACCCUUCUACGUGCUCCUGCCAACGGUGUACUCUGUGAUCUGUGCCAUGGGGCUGGCAGGUAACACAGCUAUCAUCUACGUGAUUCGGAGGGUGCCCAAGACGAAAACAGUGAGCAACGUGUUCACCUUGAACCUGGCCGUCACCGAUGGCCUCUUCACGCUGGUGCUGCCUGUCAGCAUCACGGGGCACCUCCUGCAGCGCUGGCCCUUCGGGGAGCCGCUCUGCAAACUGGUGCUGGCCAUCGCCCACUACAACAUCUUCUCCAGCAUCUACUUCCCGGCCACCAUGAGUGUGGAUCGCUACCUGGUGGUGCUGGCCACCACACAGUGCCCCCGGGUGCCCCAGCGCACCCUCCGCGGAGCGAAGAUCACCAGCCUCUGUGUCUGGAUCGGUGGCACCAUCAUGGUCCUGCCCUUCUUCUCCUUUGCUGGCGUCUACAGCAGUCAGCUGCAGGUCACGAGUUGCGGGCUGAUUUUCCCGCGGCCUGAGAGGGCCUGCUUCAAGGCCAGCCGCAUCUACAUGCUAGUCCUGGGCUUUGUGGUGCCCAUGUGUACCCUCUGCGUGCUCUACGUGGACCUGUUGCGUCGGCUGCGGGCCCUGCGGCUCCUCUCCAGAACCAAAGCUCUGGGCAAAGCCAAGCGAAAGGUGACCACCCUGGUCCUGGCUGUGCUGGCCGUGGGCCUGCUCUGCUGGACGCCCUUCCACCUGGCCUCCGUCGUGGCCCUGACCACAGACGUGCCCCAGACGUCACUGGUCAGCGGCAUGUCCUACAUCGUCACCAGCCUCAGCUACGCCAGCUCCUGUCUCAACCCUUUCCCCUACGCCUUCCUGGAUGAGAACUUCCAAAACAGCUUCCGCAGCACGUUCCGGUGCUCAGGGGCCUCAGCGCCCUCCGCAGAGCCCCCGUGUGUCUGCUAGGAAAAGCGCUGUUCCCUUUGGAGGAAAAGCUCACCUGCUCACGUCCCAUCGCCACCUUCUCCGCACAGAGAGAGGAAGACCCGUGAAGGCCGCCCACCGGACCUGCAGAGACGACCGCGACAUCUUUCCCAGGUCUCUGCCACCUGGACAGCCCCUGGGCAGGCAGCCGCAGGGAGUCAGGUUCCGGCCCCACCCUGCCUGUCUGACCCCGGGCGCAACAGGCAUCCUGACUCUACUCACCUGCAGAGAGGCGGACAGAAGACGUCCCCGGAGGCUCCUUCCCCGUCUUCCCUGACAAUCAUAAUCUGGAGGGAAAGAAACCCACACUGUGAUUGCAU